AUGAUGAACUUGCCGAAAUCACGGAAGGAAUUUGUUUGUAUUGACCACAGCGAUGUUUACUACAAGAAUGAAAGAUUGGAAGAUAACAUGCGGUGUCAAGUUGUUUCCUUGUGUAAGGAUGAACACCGUUGUUUUCUCAACCGACAAUCAGAAAUCACUAGAACCAUGGAAAAUUUGGAAAAGCUACAAGCAUUGCGACCAUCCCUUAAGAACACUGCCCCUUUUUGUCUUGCGGCUAAUUUGCACUAUAAAUGUCCAGUGCCCAUGCAAAAUUAUGUAAUCGAAAAGCUGACGAAUAAAGAAUCUAAUAAAAUCUACCGUUGUCCAGAAAGCGGUCCUCUCGACCUCAGACGAGAAAAUAAUUCAGCUGCGAUUCACCGAAAGUCAGAUAAAAAGAGUUCCCUUCCUGUAACGUAUGAAACCGGAAAUCACUACUACAGAACGGCCUCGAGUAUAUACAGUCCUACCAACUGCUUCGACCGCAUAUCAUCGUUUGAUAUUUCUCGACCUUACUCAGUGAUUGAACGCCCCAACAGAUCUAGGAUUUUGGCAAGUUCUAAUCUAAAACCAGCGAAAUCAGCACCAUUCUUUAAAACAUCGUCACAAUCCAGUUCCUCUAUAAAAUAUGAUACUUCGCUUUUAAAUAAAAGACCAUCAUCUUGCAAAGAACAAUGGGCUGGACUCAGAGAUGAUUUCACUCAAAAGAGAAAUUCUUCAACAGCAGCGAAAUGGUCACGUUUCAGGGCGGCCAAGACAAGACGCAAUUGCACUGUUGUCUGCCAGACGAAAUUUCUUGAGGCUUUAACCCUGCGCCGUCUGCGAGAAAUACACAUCCUGGAAGAACCGGAAGUUGGAGUUUCCGGAAACAGGCGGACCAAUUUCGUACAAAAUCUGUUGUUGUUGAAUCAGAAGAAGAACGAAAUGGUACAGGAAAAAGUGAAGAAGUUUCUUUUGGAACUCGGAGAGAAACAGCGAAAAAUAUCUAUGUGGACGAAAGUAUCAAGGAGUAUGCUCAGUAAAGGAUCACCUAUCAAUGAUACACGUACUUUUCGUUAA